UAAUAUUUAUUGAUAAAUCAUUUUAUUUUCAUCAAGGAUCGUAAGAAACCACAGUGAGCAGUAACUUCCCGACUACUGGUGCAACUGCACGUCUAUGUUUAUUCAUAACAAUAUACUUUAAAUUAUUACAAGUCUAAGUACAACCUAACUAAACGUUUCUAUCACAUCGGUAGUAAACUCCACCAAUUGUCGCGCGCUAACUUCUAAGUUUUUUUUAUAAUACCCUUCAGUUGAUUGAUUGUCUAAAUGGCAAACAUGUUAAUAAGGACUAGACGGUACAAGUGCUACAGGAUUGCUACUGUAAUCAGAGUGCUAUUAGUUUUGGGGAUACCUUUAGUUUACUUAAUGUUUGGUAAUACACGUUCAGAGGAGGAAAUGUUAAAAUCCACGUUUAAUUCAGGUUUUGAUGGAGCUGUAUCUCAACGUAGGUUGCUGAGCAUCGUUGAAAGGGAAGAGAGGAACUGCACGCCCGCAGCAAUUUUGGAGUUCCCCUCUGACGGCCUCAGCCGGUACCAACGGCAACAUGGUUACAUAGCAAUACACUGUGUAUUAGCUAUAUACUGCUUCUUUCUGCUGGGGACGGUGUGUGAGCAGUACUUCGUGCCGGCUAUCGAGAUGAUAUGCGAACGUUUAAAUAUAGGUAUGGACGUAGCUGGGGCUACUUUUAUGGCUGCAGCGAGUUCAAGCCCUGAGCUGUUCAUCAACUGUGUCGGUACAUUUGUCACUGAAGGCGAUAUUGGAGUAGGAACCGUGGUGGGAUCAGCAGUGUUCAAUGUACUGGCUGUACCGGCAUUCUGCGCUCUCAUUGCAGGCAAAGUGGUGGACUUGGAUUGGUGGUCAGUGUCGCGGGAUUGCGUGAUGUACGCCGUGGCGGUAGUGGCACUCAUCCUCACGCUACUCGACGACGUUAUUUACUGGCACGAAGCACUGCUACUUGUGCUCAUGUACAUUUUCUACAUAUUAGCGAUGGCGUUCAACGGCUGUCUGGGAACAUUUUUCAGGAGCGGAUGCUGUACUUUCAAGAAACCUAAAGCGUACACUGAAAUAACACCUCUUCUGAAUAGUGAAAAAAAUAACUCAUUAAUGUCCGCUCGACGCAUCAGCCUCAGUGUUCAAUCAACAGACGUGGAAGCAGCAGUGCAGUCCAAGAGACACGACUCCACCGACUCAGAUGAACUCAGCACAUACUCGAUGUGGUCAUGGCCUGGAGAAAAAGUGUCGUUUAUGAAGAAACUGCUAUGGAUCUUUUCCUGGCCCAUCAACUUGGUACUUUGGCUGACCAUCCCUGACUGCCAGCGUCGACCCAACCUGUACCCACUGACCUUCGCGAUGUGUGUCACGUGGAUAGGAUGUGUCUCCUACUUGGUCGCCUGGAUGAUCACCGUCCUAGGUGACACCCUCAAUGUACCAGACAGCAUCACAGGACUGACAAUACUAGCAGCAGGCACCAGUCUUCCAGAAGCAGUCUCCAGCGUCCUAGUCACAGUACAAGGUCACGGCACUAUGGGUUUGAGUAAUUCCAUCGGAUCAAAUACUUUCGACAUCCUACUAUGCCUGGGUUUACCCUGGUUGAUAAAGUCGCUCGCUUACCCCAGUGUUCCUGGUCAUCAUUACGUAUCAAUAAACUCCAGUGGUUUAUCGUACAGCGCUAUAUCUCUUCUAUCCACACUCUUCACACUAUAUGGAUGCCUGUUCCUCAAUAAAUUCCAGCUGGAUUGGAAGAUCGGUAUCACGUGUGGACUCAUAUACAUCGGCUAUUUAAUCUUAGCAGCGCUUAUAGAAAUGAAUGUAUUCUUCACUGUCAACUUACCAAUUUGCCCUCAUUAGAAUCACAACAAAUAUCUGAUUAUGUUAUGAGUAAAUUCCCUUCCUCUAAUGUCGAAGGAUACUAUUUUUGAAGGUGCAAAAAAAACUUUAGCUAUGGAAGUGAUCCUGAUAUCCUGUACGAGGGUUUUACUGUAUUUCUUGUACUUAAACUAUUUAGUUUUUUUAUUAUUGUGUAUCAAGCAUGCGAUGGCAGAUAUUUGAUAUUUUAUAAUGUACUUAUAAGUUUCUCGAAUAUCUAUUGUGAUGUAUCAAAAAUGUUUUAAAGAAUUUUAUGAAAAUAUUUAUUUAAAUCGUUAAUAAUGAUUUUUUAACGUGAUUGUAUAAUUUAUUUGUCUUAUUGGGGCUGUUGCUAUAAAUUGCAGGAAAAAUAAACCGCUUCUAUGUAACUUAUAUUUAAUAAUAUUGGUAUGUAUAUAUAUAUAUAUAUAAUUUUACUAGACAGAAUUAAAUCUUGAAUAAUAUAAUGAUACAGAAAUAAUAUAUUUAAUCUACCUACCAAUCAUUGCUUAGUUUACAACUAAAAUCGUACAGUAAGUACUUAUACUAAAAAAUAAACCGACUUCACUAAAAAAGUUAAAAAUAACUUUAAUUUCGGAAGUCGGUGUUUCUCGGUACCGUAUUAUUUGUUUGCUACACCGACUUCCGAAAUUAAAGUUAUUUUUAACUUUUUUAGUGAAGUCGGUUUAUUUUUUUGUAAAAAGUAUUUUAUUUCACACUUUUUAGUUGCGAUACUCAGUAUCGCAACUAAAAAAGUCUCUCCACCUCUUCAAAGGUUACUUUUUGACUGUAAAUGCUUUAAUUCUAGAUGAAUAUACCAAAAUCACUAUAUAGUUCCCUAUAAUAUUUGAGGAGUUCCCUCGAUUUCUUUAAGAUUCCAUCAUCAGAUCUUAACUUGGUGACAAUGGGACCACCUCAGAACUGUCUACUUUCGAACAAAAAAAGAAUUUUGAAAAUCCGUCGACAAUUAACGGAGUAUUAAUUAACUUUAUUGUGAUUUCUAUGUGAGUAUGAAGUUCCAUUGGCCAUUUCUGGUCUUCUUCAUCAGUUCCACCUCUUCAAAGGUUACUUUUUGACUGUAAAUGCUUCAAUUCUAGAUGAAUAUACCAAAAUCACUAUAUAGUUCCCUAUAAUAUUUGAGGAGUUCCCUCGAUUUCUCUAAGAUCCCAUCAUCAGAUCCUAACUUGGUGACAAUGGGACCACCUCAGAACUAUCUACUUUCGAACAAAAAAAGAAUUUUGAAAAUCCGUCGACAAUUGACGGAGUAUUCGAUGAACAAACAUACAAAAAAAAAAAAACAUACAAACAGCCGAACAUAGUACCUCCUCCUUUUUGUGAAGUCGGUAAAAAUAGUUGAAAUGUUCAUAAAAAUAGAAUUCAGGCUCAAUGGCCUUGAACCUUUGUUAAGGUUUAUUGGAGCGUGUAAGCUUGGUGACUUGUUUUUCAAGCACCUUCCGUGAGGAUCACCCUUUUGUGUUCUCUCAACUGUGAACAGGGAUCAGAUGUUGGAAAUCGAUAGCCAUCUACAGGUGGGUACAAUCAAUAACCUACCUUAAAAUUCUUGUGACAUUCUAGCAAUUUAAAUAUGAAAAUAAUCAAAUGUCAUAAGGUCCAAUGUUAUUUGUUAAGUAGGUACUUGUAAUCCAGCAACUCUACACUUAUCUAUUUAUUUACAAAAAUAUACAGAAAACUUCAUUAAUUUUGUUAAAGGAACUGAAUAUCACAAUAGUUAAGAAAUCUGUUUAGUUUUAAGUAGGUAAGAAUAAUUAGAAAAUGUAAUAAAUAUUUACCUACAUUAUACACUUAGGAGCGGAGCAACGGAGCCAUAGCAUUUUUGAUAAUUUUAAAGAACCCUCUGUAACUUUAAAUAAUAUAUUCGUAUAACAACAAAACACUCUUUUUAAAGAUAAUGAAAUUGCCUUUUAUGCGACAUACGCUACCUAUUAAUAAAGUACUUGUAUCAGAUAAUAUUUAUCUUGUUGUUUGCUCCCAAGUGUAUUUAAGGUGCGGUUGUAGAAAUAAUUAUAUAAAUUUAAUAAUUAUUGAUUAUGUGCCAGUGUAUUAUAGAGAGUAAGAUGUAGGUGUAAUAAUAAAUAAUAAAGUUUAUCGGCAAAAAUUAUCAUUAUUCAAGGCAAAUAAUACGAGUAAGUAGGUUAGAAGGUUACAAUAACACAUGACACUCCUUAGAAUUUGAACUUACCUAUCAUUGUAUAAUUUGUAAUCAAAUCUGUAUUAUUAUUUGUCUAAUCAUUUCAGCACGAAACAUUUAUUCAGAUAAAUUAAAUGUGUUUCCGUGUAGUUACCGUGUAGUUACCUGCUUAAGCAGAAAAAUCAUGAGUGCAUGUAUUUGAUGUCAUAUAUAUAAUAUACUAGCAAACCUGGCGAACUCCGUUUCGCCACCAUGUCUUCUUUCCUAAAUUUUUUUUUUUGCUAUAAACCUCACGGAACCCUAGACCUUUCCAACAAAUGCAAAACCAUGGAAAUCGGUUCGUGCGUUCUGGAGUUAUAGCGUCAGGAAGGAAAACCCGACUUAUUUUUAUAUAAUAGAAGAUUAUAUUGUCUACUAAAUACCUAGGUUCUGAUUUAUUCUUACUCGUAAGUUUGCUUGUUUUUAGUGCGUUGGUAUAUAGAUAUUGUAUAAGUACUGAUGUAUUUUUCUUAUUGAUUUAUUGAUGUUAAUUAAAAAUACUUUUUAAUGAGCAUUGUUGCGUCUAACAA